AAACACCACAAACGUAUACACACAGGAGAGAAGCCUUUCUCCUGCACUGACUGUGGGAAGAGCUUCACAACAUCACAAGCUCUGACAGUUCAUCAGAGAGUGCACACUGGAGAGAAGCCUUAUUACUGCUCUGAAUGUGGAAAGAGUUUCUCCCAAUUGGAUAUGUUAAAAUGUCACCAACGAAUACAUACAGGAGAGAAGCCUUACUCCUGCUCUGACUGUGGUAAGAGUUUCUCUCAACUGGGCAACUUAGAAGCACACCAACGUAUACACACAGGAGAGAAGCCUUACUCCUGCUCUGAGUGUGGGAAGUGCUUCACAACAUCAGCUGAGCUAAAGGUUCAUAAAAGAUCACACACAGGAGAGAAGCCUUACACCUGUUCUGACUGUAGAAAGAGUUUCUCCCGAUUGGAUAUGUUAAAAUGUCAUCAGCGAAUACAUACAGGAGAGAAGCCUUAUUCCUGCUCUGACUGUGGAAAAAGGUUCUCCCAACUGGGCAACUUAGAAGCGCACCAACGUAUACACACAGGAGAGAAGCCUUACUCCUGCUCUGACUGUGGGAAGAGUUUCUCCCGAUUGGAUACCUUAAAACGCCACAAAUGUAUACAUAAAGGGCAGAAGCCUCAUCAGUUCUCUCAGACCAGCUAAGAAUUAAAGUCACUCCAUCACUUAAAGAUGCACUAUGUAGAAAUCACUCCACCAUUUCCUGCAUGUUAAAAUUGCAAUAGUUCUAAUAGCCUCCAGUUUGUGACAAAAUAAGCAGUCAUUGUGUAGUGAAUCAUUGUACCAUCUAAACCGCUGUGAAAUAUAUUUUCCAUUAUCAAAAUAUUGUAUUUUCAGCUGUUGU